UUUUGUGCUGUCAUCCGUUGUUUUGACCAUAGCGCUUACAGCAAGCGAAUCAGAAACAGUGAAAGUCAAAACAAAAAGAUGAGUUUUUUGACGUGGCACACAAGUUUAUUACUAUCGGCAUUUAUUUUAAUUUGUCUCUUAACAUUCACUACGUCGAAUGAUGAAACUACACAGGAAAUCCAUAAGCCAUGGUAUGAGAAUCUGCCAGCGGUAGCCAUGGACUAUAAGGUGCACAUUGACGCUGGUAAAGAGGAUUGCUACUACCAAUACGUGCAGGCGGGUGCCACAUUCUACGUAUCGUUCAGUGUUGUACGCGGCGGUGAUGGUAUGGCCGGCUUUGCAGUGCGCAAUCCGCAGAAUCAAAUUGUGAAGCCUUAUCAGUGGCAGGCAACUGCUGAUUAUACCGACCAAGUAUCGCCCGGUGGUUAUUAUUCCGUUUGCAUUGAUAAUCAGUUCUCACGUUUUGCCGGCAAGUUGGUUAAUAUUUACAUCACAGUCGUGAAAUAUGAUGCGUGGGACAAAUAUGCCAAAGAAAUUGAAGAACUGCAACUGAAUUUGCAAAAUUUUACAGUUACUCUUGGCACUGUGGAGCGUAACAUCAACGACAUGUUGAACCAUCAGUCCUACAGCAGAAAUCGUGAAGCACGUGAUUUUGCAUUACUCAAUGAUAAUAACGGUUACAUUCAAACUUUCUCCAUUUGCCAAAUUGCCGUCAUUAUUGUGGCAUGUUCCAUACAGGUCUUUUUCGUUCGGAAACUUUUUGAUGUGAAAUUGUCAUCGAAGUCACGAAUUUAAAUUUAGGUGAUUUGUACUUCCAACGUCUAAUUUUAUUUGUUGCUACUUAAGCUACUGAGCUACGAACAAAUACAAGAAAUUCUUUUUAAUUUUUACGUAUUUUUGUAAUCAAACACUACCAUUUUUGCACUAAGAAAUUUCCAUUUUGCCACUUAUUUACUUUUCGAUGAAAGGAGGAAUUAAAAAGACUUGAUUGAAGCAUUCUUUGAAAUUAUAUACUAAUGUGCUCUUUUUGACAGUUUAUCACAUAAAUGUUCAUAAAUAUUUUUCAGCUUAACAUGUAUGUAAGUGAGAAUGUGUGUAUUUUUAUAAAAUAAAAGAAGUUGUAUGAAAAAGGGAAA